AUGAUUUAUGCAUCAGAAGAACAUAUCGAAUAAGUAGUGAAUUUGUAAUUGAUCACUAAAGAAAAAUUGAAAGAUAACUUUUUAAAAAAGAUGAGAAAUCGAGAAAAUAUAGAUUUAACUUAUAAUGAAAGAAAAAAAAGUAUAAAUCAAUUAAAUUUUAUUCACUUAGAAAUUAAAUUGGAACAAUAAUCAAGACCUAAAUUUGAAGAUUUAAUUUGUCCAAUUUGUUUAGAAAUCUUUUAAAAAGUUACUACUACUUAAUGUGGCCAUGCAUUUUGUGAAAUGUGUAUUUUUGAUAGUUUAAUGCGAAAAGCAGUAUAUAGUUAUUUUAAUAAUAGGAAUGUCCUGUUUGUAGAGUGAAAAUUAAAACACACUCAUUCUAAUAUUGUGAAAGUUUUGAUAAUAGAAUCAUUGAUUUAGUUAAUUAAUAUGGAGAUAAAACAUAAAUAGAACAUUUUAAAAAUAGAUAGUAAGAAAUGGAAUAAUGGAAUAAAUCUAAAUUGUAUAAAUAUAUUUCUAUAAUAGAAUAGAUAAUUUGGCCAUCAAUUAAAAAGUUGAUAUAAUGGAUUAAUAAUUUAUAUGGUGUGUAGCAACUAUUAAACAAAUAGGUAAAAAAGAACUCUUUAUUCAUUAUGAUGGAUGGGGGAAAGAGUAUGAUGAAUUCAUUCCAUUACAAUCAAAUAGAAUUGCUCCAUUAGGUCUAUAUACUAGUAGAGAGGAUAUUCCAAAAUAUUAACCAGAACAAAGAUAAUUUGCAGAAAUUAUAGAAUAUAUUAACCAACAUGGAGAACUUCCAACAUAAAAUAUACUUCAUGAUUGA